UCGAAUCUUAUUAGGCCACCCACCAGUACAAUAAUAUAAGCCACCAUGCGAGCAAUCCCAUUCCUUCCCCUCACCGGAGAAAUGACCGGCGGCGACUCCCCACCGACUUUAUACCGCGCUUUACUGAACCGUUUCCAGAGCCCGGAGGAGAGUCACUUGGAGCUGAAGCAACAGUUUGACGUGCUAGUUGAAGAUAAACACAAGUAUUUGCCCGGCGUGGAUGAAGACUACCGGUGUUCUUGGGUUUCCGAUGGGGUGUUCUUUUCCGGCAGCCCGCAUAAGAGUGUGUUGGAGCAUAUGGGGCAUGCAGUUCAUGUUAGCAGACCUGAUAGUGAAGAGAUUUUAUAUUGGAAUCGCGCGGCUGUGAAACUCUAUGGAUACGAAGAUUUUGAAGUUUUAGGGCAGAGAUAUUCAGAACUGCUCAUUGGUGAGGGACAUCUUGCUGCAAAGCAAUUUUUGUGCCAGGGGAGCUCUUAUUGGUCAGGUCAAUUUCCUUUUAAGAAGAAGUCAGGGGAGAUAUUUAUGGCAUUAGUGACAAAAAGCCCAUUAUAUGAGGACGGCGAGCUUGUUGGUAUUAUCACUGUUUCGAGUGAUGGAGCUGUGUUCAAUAGAACAAACUCAGGUCACCCAAGAAUUGAUGGGGAAUGUGGAAGGGGACAACCACAGAAACGGGGUUUGGACCUAAAAAAUUUUAAGUGGCAUGGUCAAUCACAAAUUGCUUCAGUGCCUCAGAUUGCGUCUACAGUUUCAAAUUUGGCGUCAAAAGUUCUAUCUAGAAAACCUGGCGAAGAUAGCAGUGAAUGCACAGAUUACAGGAUUGGAGAGGAGAGCAUACCGAAUGGCCAGGCAAUGAAAGCAGAGAAGCCACCUCUGGACAAUGUUAUACGUUUGAAGCCUCGUUUUAGUUUCAACUUUAAUAGGAGCACAACUGAAGCCGAAACGAAUGCCAAAGAUCAAUCCACUAUAGAAUCAUCUCAACCUUCUAGUUUUGCUGCAAAAGUAUUAUCGAAGUUGAAUAAUAAGCUUGGGAAAGACAGAGAUUUGACCACAAAGCAUAACAGCUUUGCAGAUAUGCCAAGUUCAUAUCAGUGUCUUGCUGGUAAUGGCUACAAGCAAAAGAGUGAACACAGCCCCAUUUCUGCAGGAACAAAAUUUCCAAAAGUAGAUGUGGCAAUGAUCGUUCCCACUUUUGAACCAUAUAUCGAGGAAUACGAGGCUCAGAAACAUGACCAUGUGAUAGUGCCAAGAUUCCAACUUGAGGUAAAGGAGUUAGAGCCAGAUUUACAAACUUCGAAAGUUUUGGAAGCAGAUGAUCCACCAAAGCAACAGUUAUCCUCACAACAAAGUUGUAGUUCAGAGGAGGUAACCUGCAGAAAUGAAAGUUCUUCAAGAGAUGAAUCAGGGUUAAACACGAGAGGAGAUUGUGAAAUUCUAUGGGAAGAUCUGCAAUUGAGGGAGGAAGUUGGACAAGGUUCGUUUGCUGUGGUAUACCGAGGGAUUUGGAACGCAUCGGAUGUUGCUGUAAAGGUCUAUUUUGGAGACGAGUACAGCGAAGAAGCCUUGAUUGACCAUAAAAAGGAGAUUGAUAUCAUGAGAAAGUUAAGACAUCCGAAUGUAUUGCUGUUCAUGGGCGCUGUGUAUUCCCAGAAAAAGAUUGCAAUGGUAACAGAAUACUUACCACGUGGCAGUCUCUUUAAAGCCCUUCACAAAAACAAUCAAUCAUUAGACAUCAAACGUCGACUCAGGAUGGCCCUUGAUGUUGCAAGAGGCAUGAAUUAUUUGCAUCACAGAAAUCCCCCUAUAGUACACAGAGAUCUUAAAACUUCAAAUCUGCUUGUUGACAAAAACUGGAACGUGAAGGUUGGAGACUUUGGCCUGUCGAAGCUGAAACAUGCAACUUUCCUAACAGCAAAAUCUGGAAGAGGAACGCCUCAGUGGAUGGCUCCUGAAGUUCUUCGAAAUGAACGGUCGAAUGAAAAAUCGGAUGUCUUCAGUUUUGGCGUUAUACUCUGGGAACUAAUGACACAAUCCAUUCCAUGGAGUGAUCUUAAUUCGUUACAGGUUGUUGGAGUUGUAGGGUUCAUGGAUCGCAGGUUAGACAUACCUGAAGCGGUGGAUCCUCGCAUAUCUUCUGUAAUCAAAGACUGUUGGCAAAGCAAUCCAGAAAAUCGCCCCUCAUUUAAAGACAUAAUCAAGAUAAUGACAAACUUAAUCCUCGCGUUUCAAGGGUCAACUCGCGGAAGCGUGGAUGCUUAAAAAAAUGCCCUCUUGGUUAGUUUCACAGAAUACAGGUCGGCUAAUAUUCCUGCAUAUGCUUCGGAAUGAAAGAGGUUUUGUAUUGAUGAAUAAUAGUUAAAAAAGUAAAACAGUCAAUUUAUGUGUUCA